CCCCACUUUUCCACAGCCCCAAAGCCCAUUAAAUCUCUAGAAAUAACCCCCUCACUUUUUGGGCAGCCAAAAUUCUCCAAAAGCAAAUGAAAAACUGCUCAAACAGAGUGGAUGGUACUUUCCGAAGGGAGAAAAUAGGAAGAUUAGUGGGCCAAGUCUUUUUUUGGGAUAACAAUCUUAUGGCCAAGAAGAUGAGAGGAGCAAUAGAAUGUGUACGGAGUUAACCAAACUUAUGGAGACUGCAGGAAUAGAGAGGGCGUCAUCUUUAUUAAGACAAUUGAGAAAUAGAUCUAAUGCCUAGGAAGGACUAAAUUUAAGUCAAAAAGACCCAAAGGUAAGGGUAUACAUCCCUGAUUAAAGUUGAUUAUAAGUUAGCCGAAUUUCAUACCACAUAUCUCAGCCAUUAAAACCUCACUAU